AUGGUCCACACCCUGAUUGACGAGACCGAGGAGAUCCUCCUGCGCGACCUCCUCGGGGGCGCCGCCGCGACCGAGCUCGACGCCCUAGACCCGGCCUACCUGACCGACAACCUAAUCUGA